AUGGCAGGUUUUGAUUUCAUUUUCUUAUUUGGUUCAUUGUUUAUUAUGCAAAAGGUUGAUUUUACCAACCCGACCAACAUUCAAAUCGCUCUUGUAGCAUUUGGUCUCAUUCAAACCUUGUGCGCUGUUUGCUACUUUAUCAUCUUCCAAAAGGUGUCAAAGAAGGCUGCUGGUCCACAAAUUGAAAUCACUACACCUGCUUCUUUUGGUUCUCAAGAAAAGGUUGAAAAGAUGACAGCCAAGGAAUAUGACAUGUCACAAGUUAAAAAGGCUGCUACUCAAUUGAUUAUGGGUGCAGGUAUUCCACUCUUUUUAUUCUACAAGUUUGGUAUUGCUCCACCAUUGGCCAUGAACUGUGUCUUUGGUCCACAAAACCUUUACAAGAACAAGUUGUUCAAGCUCUACAUUCUUGGUGAAGACGAGACCAAGUACCCACGUCCAUGGACUGAAGAAAAUCCAUUUGCUAGUCUUCUUGGAGGUGCUGGUGCUGCUGCUCCAGCUGGAGCUGCUGAACAAGCUGCUGCAGAAGACAACUCUGGUAACAUUAGAAUCCCAGCAGGUGAAGAAACUGUUGCUGUUGACAAGAAAAAGAAAAAGGCAAAGAUUGUUGAAGUAAACAGUGAUGACGACGAAGUCCCACAAGUUGAAGAAAACAAGGAAGCCUCUGGAAAGAAAUCACCAGUUCAAAGAAGAAAAAAGGUUGAUUAA